AUGGCGGCGGCCGGGGCCCCGGAUGGUGACCUGCAGCCGGCCCCGGCCCAGCCCCCCGGGGACCCCGCCGGCCAGGCCUCGGUCAGCAACGGCGAGGACGCGGGCGGCGGCGCGGGCCGGGAGCUGGUGGACCUGAAGAUCAUCUGGAACAAGACCAAGCACGACGUGAAGUUCCCGCUGGACAGCACAGGCUCCGAGCUGAAGCAGAAGAUUCACUCGAUCACAGGUCUCCCGCCAGCCAUGCAGAAGGUCAUGUAUAAGGGACUCGUCCCUGAGGAGAAGACGUUGAGGGAAAUCAGAGUGACCAGCGGAGCCAAGAUCAUGGUGGUUGGCUCCACGAUAAACGAUGUCUUAGCAGUGAACACGCCCAAAGACGCCGCGCAGCAGGACGCGAAGGCCGAGGAGAACAAGAAGGAGCCACUGUGCAGACAGAAGCAACACAGGAAAGUGCUGGAUAAAGGGAAACCGGAAGACGUGAUGCCCUCUGUGAAGGGGGCCCAGGAGCGCCUGCCAACAGUGCCCCUGUCCGGCAUGUACAAUAAGUCCGGAGGAAAAGUGAGGCUCACCUUCAAGCUCGAGCAAGACCAGCUGUGGAUCGGCACUAAAGAGCGGACGGAGAAGCUGCCCAUGGGCUCCAUCAAGAACGUGGUCAGCGAGCCCAUCGAGGGACACGAGGACUACCACAUGAUGGCGUUUCAGUUGGGUCCCACGGAAGCCUCUUACUACUGGGUGUACUGGGUUCCAACUCAAUAUGUGGACGCAAUCAAAGACACUGUGCUGGGGAAGUGGCAGUAUUUUUGAAAGCACUUUCACCUCUGGCCCAGGAGACUGACCCAAAGGGAAGGACAUUGCCGGGAGAGGCCUGCAGCAUCCCUGGAUUUCAGAGUUCUGGAACUUUGUUCAAAAAAACAGUCUAUAUCCAAUCUAAGGUGAUGUGGUGACUGAAGCCAGAGGUGAUGUACUUUCACCGUUAGCUUAAUUUUAACUUAAACCACCGGUUCCCUUUCUUGCAGUCAGCUUCAUAUCAUUUUUAAGUCAGUACGGGGGGAAUCAAUAAAUCUGAAUUCCGAACGUGUGUGGAAUACUCUUAACGUGUGUCCGAGAGUAGGCCUGCCAGUGUGUUUAGAAAGGAAUGAUCAAAAGCUUUCUGGGUUUUUUUUUUUAAGUGAUUUCAACUGAAAUAUUUUCAUAAAUCUUUGGUUGCAAACA